UUGGCGCCAUCUCUUCAUCGUUGUCACGUAACACAAGUACGCAACACAAAGUUUGCAAACUUCUCGUUGCCUGCUCCUGCUCGGAGCCGGAGGCAAAGAAAUGGCGUUCCGGCGAACGCUAGCACGGAGCAUAUGGGCAGGCAAGAACGCGAACGCCGCGGCUUGUCCCGCGGCUGCUACGGCAAAAACUCCGGCGAGUGUUUCCCCGGCGCGGCGCCCGUUGCCGGCGGUGGACGACUGCCCGACGCUCGCCUACUUGCGGCCCAGACCGGGGACUGUCCGGUAUACUACGGCGUCCGUUCCGCGACCGGCCCAUUGCUUCCCUGCCUUCCCCGUUGGCGACCAGCUGUUCAACCGGCUCCGCCUCGACGGGCUCAUCCCGCCGACGCCCGUAACGCGGCCGCCGGAGGAGGGGGUGGGCGUGACGGUGGAGGAGGCGAGGAAGGUGGCGCGGGCUGCGGAGAUGGAGGUCGCUCGGGCGAGGCUGAGGUCCAACGCCCAGAGCGUCGUGUCCGGGUCGGAAUUCGCCGCGCUCUGCGUCGACAUUGCUGGCGGCGCCGAGGGAGGCCGCAGGCUCGCCCGGGCGCUCGACGACUCCGGCGUCGUCAUCGUCAUCGGCGACGCCGUCUUCCUCCGCCCCGACAUGGUAGCGAGAGCGAUCGGGAGCAUGAUUCCGGCGACACAGGCGACGCGAGCAGCAGCAAGCAGCGCCGUCGAUGUCGACGUCGACGCGCGGAAGAGGCGGGAGCUGCAGGCGAUGGAGGAGCAGAAGGCGGCCAUCGACGUGGCGGCGGCGGCGCAGGUGCGGCGGGAGCUGUGGUGCGGGCUGGGCCUCCUGGCGGCGCAGACGCUGGGGUUCAUGCGGCUCACCUUCUGGGAGCUCUCGUGGGACGUCAUGGAGCCCGUCUGCUUCUACGUCACGUCGCUCUACUUCAUGUCCGGCUACGCCUUCUUCAUGCGCACCUCCACGGAGCCGUCCUUCGAGGGGUUCUACCGCAGCCGCCUCGCGUCGAGGCAGCGCCGGCUCAUGCGGGCGCGCCGGUUCGACGUCGCCCGCUACGAGGCGCUCAAGCGGCAGAUGGUAGGACGGAACGCCUGCUCCGUUGCUGCGGCGCACGGUGAUUGCACGGAGCGCGACGCCGUCGUGUUCAGGCAGCACGUCACACACGUUCAUUAGCAGCAGCAGCAGUAGCGUGUUUUUUUUUCCUUUUAUUUUUCUUUAACCCUUUGGGUGUGUAGACCGGUUAACACUUACCAGCUACUAGUAAAGUGCUAGUAUGUAGUUUGAGACGUGGACGAUCCGGUGCUCGGAUGAGUUCAUAUCUGUACCAUUUAUUCGGGCAGAAAUCUGCAUGUUUGCAUAUUACAGAGUACUCCAGGCCCACAAGGACGUUUGCCCCCGGCCGUUCCUCGUGAUCGAGUCGCCGAUUGACAUGUCAUCUUUUUCACCCUCUUAGGGAAUGGUAGAAGAUUAGUUUUAUGAUUUUUUAA